AUGCUCGACCUCAGAGGACUCACUCCUGCACCCGUCACACCUUUCUUGCCCAACGGCGAAGUCGACUACGAGGCAAUUCAGCGUCUCGGAUCAUGGCUUGGUAGCAUCGACGGCGUCAAAGGCCUUGUUGUCCUUGGUCAUGCUGGUGAGGGUACUUUCCUCACCAAAGAGGAGCAAGCCGACGUCAUUCGUGCCUUUGUCAAAUCGGUGGACAACAAGAUCCCCAUCAUCGCCGGUAUCACUGGAGAAGGAACCGAAGUUGCCGCCUUGGAAGCCAAGCGUGCGGUAGAAGCCGGUGCACAGGCAGGCCUCCUAUAUCCAUCUCAUGGCUGGCUGCGCUUCGGAUACCAACCAGGCGCCCCUCAAGACCGCUAUCGACGCGUCUAUGAGGUCAGCAAGCUGCCUCUCAUUCUUUUCCAAUACCCCGACAACACCAAAGCCACGUACAAUCUACAGACCAUGCUCGAUAUCGCUGCUUUACCUGGUGUCUUCUGCAUGAAGAAUGGUGUUCGCAACAUGCGCCGGUGGGACACAGAAAUCCCCGUGAUCCGCGCCCAGCGACCCGAGCUCCAAAUCCUGACCUGCCACGAUGAAUAUCUUCUGCAUACUGCUUUCGAUGUCGACGGCAUGUUAGUCGGUUAUGGCAAUAUCGCCCCGGAAUUGCUUCUUGAAUUGAUCGAUGCUGGCAAGGCGCGAGACUAUCCACGGGCUCGCGCAGCGCACGACCGAUUGCUCCCGGUUACCAAAGCUGUCUACCACCGCGGCUCACACAUGGAAGGCACAGUAGCAUUGAAGCAUGCUCUGGUCGCUCGGGGAAUCCUCAACGACGCCACUGUUCGAUCGCCACUGUUGCCUCUGCCAGAAGGUGCGGAGGAGGAAAUUCAUGCCGCUGUGGCAGCUGCUGCGCUCCCAGUGGUUGGCACUGCUGGAAAACCCUCCAAGCAGGCUGCACCUUUACCGAAGGGAAUGCAAGCAAAUGGCACUACUACCCACCUGGAAAACGGACAUACUAAUGGGGUCGCAGUCACUGCAUAA